AUGGAUCCCCUCACCACCUUUUUCCUUGACUGGUUGACGUUGUCCUUGGCCUGUCGCCAUCUUGGUCCUCGUGCUCCUCAACCCGUCGCCGUCGUUCAUCGCUGCUUUGUGAUCCUCAGUCCGCCGUCUGUCGCGCAGCUCGGCGAACUCCACCAAUUUGCAGAGAGCUCCCUCUUCCAGGGUGAUGAUAACGAUUUCUAUUCCAUGGAGUAUUUGGAGAGCAGCUCCUCAUCGUUGAAACCGAGUCAUGUAUAUAUCAGCUUUAGAGGUGAUGAAGAGACUCGUAAAUUCAUGCAUAGCCUUUUGGCUGCUCUGAAAGCAGAAGGCUUCAGAAUCUUUGGAGAUGAUAAGAAGCUUGAAACGCCGGGCUCCAAUCUUCCACCUCACCUUCUUCAAGCAAUUCGUGAGUCGUGGAUUUGGAUUGUUGUCUUCUCCAAGAACUAUGCUUCUUCAUGUUGGUGUUUAAAGGAACUGUCACAGGUUUUGCGCAUCAUUCUUUCUCAGGAUGAAUCUCAAUUGUCUUGUGCGGACUCAUCAUCAUCAGUUUUUGCGCAUCCAUUGUACGCUGUCGAUGCUGAACGACAAGAAAUGUGCGAAGCAGACAUAGACAAGGUGAACAGAUGGAGGCAAGCUCUGAAACGAGGGUUCCGUGUCUCUGGGCGCUGGAGUGCAUCAGAUAGGGUUAUAGCAGUUUUUUACGAUGUGGAUCCAAAAUCCUUUCCUCAACAUAUUCAACAAGCAUGCACACAAGAUUCAUUUGAGAUAACCCAAUGGGAAGAUAUCGAACAAGUGGCCAGUUCCCCUGGCUGGCAAGUGCGGAAUGACUCAGGGUUACAGGUUAUUCCAAAAACUGUUAAAGAAGUCAAGUCUAAAAUAGAUAAACUAUUUUAUGACUUCUUCGGAUUUGUUGGGAUGCAAUCUCAAGUGGAAGAAGUAGAAAAGCUUUUGGAUUUGAAUGCAGAUGAUGAAGUUCGAGUUGUUGGCAUUUGUGGUAUGAGUGGAUUGGGGAAAUCUUCUAUUGCUACUGUUCUAUAUCUUAAGACCUUUCACCUUUUUGAUGCCUUUUGUUUCCUUCCCAAUCUGAGUGGACGUUUAAAGCAUGGUGACAUAACCCUACAAGAACUUCUGCAUAGACAUUUGAGGACAGAAAAUUCAGAGAUGAAGGAUUUUCUAGACAAAGAGUUCUUACUAGGGGAAAGGCUAAGAAAGCACAAGUUUCUUAUAGUUCUUGAUGGUGUUGAUCUUGUACAACAUCUACAGGAGUUGAACUUAGUUGAAAAAUCCAAUUGUUUUGGCGGGGGGAGUAGAAUCAUUAUAACAACUAGAGAUGAACAAGUCCUUCAAAAAUAUGAGGUUAAUACCAUUUAUAGACCUAAACUCUUGUCCAAGGACGAAGGUUUCAAACUAUUUUGUUCUAAAGCUUUUCUAGGGGGAUAUCCGAUUGAUGAUUUCGAAGGGAUGAUAUAUAGGGUGUUGGAAUAUGCUAAUGGCCUUCCAUUAGCAAUUGAAAUAUUGGGUUCAUCCUUUUUUGGAAAAGGCGUUGCAGAAUGGAGAAGUUUCCUGGAUAGGGAAGAAAUUAUUCCUCCCUAUGAGAUCACAAGGGUGCUUAGAAAAAGUUUUGACGAACUCGAUGACAUGAAAAUUCUUUUUCAGAAGUCGGUCAUCACAAUUGCAAAUGAGAGGAUACAAAUGCAUAGUAUGCUGCAAGCAAUGGGGCGAGAUAUUAUUCGACAGCAAUAUCCGUAUCAACAAAGCCGAUUAUACCUUUAUAGUGACAUUAAAUCUGUUAUGGAGAACAAAAGAAACAUGGUGAUGGAAAAUGUUGAAGCUCAGCCAGAUGAUAGCGAAUCUGAUAUGGGGAGAGAGAGAGAGACAUGGGUGAUGGAAAAUGAUGAAGCUCAGCCAGAUGACAGCGAAUCUGAUAUUGAGAGAGAGAGAUACACAUGGCUGAUGGAAAAUGUUGAAGCUCAGCCAGAUGACAGCGAAUCUGAUAUUGAGAGAGAGAGAUACACAUGGGGGAUGGAAAAUGUUGAAGCUCAGCCAGAUGACAGCGAAUCUGAUAUUGAGAGAGAGAGACACGCAUGGAUGCGUUUAUACUCCCUGGGGAUGGAAAAUGUUGAAGCUCAGCCAGAUGACAAGGAAUCUGAUAUUGAGAGAGAGAGACACGCAUGGAUGCGUUUAUACUACCAGGGGAUGGAAAAUGUUGAAGCUCAGCCAGAUGACAGCGAAUCUGAUAUUGAGAGAGAGAGAUACGCAUGGGUGAUGGAAAAAGUUGAAGCUCAGCCAGAUGACAGCGAAUCUGAUAUUGAGAGAGAGAGAUACCCGUGGCAAGUGACGGAAAAUGUUGAAGCUUGGUCAAAUGACAGCGAAUCUGAUAUUAAGAGAGAGAGAUACGAACGGGUGAUGAAAGUUGAGGCUCUGCCAGUUCACGUCAACUCUGUUUUUGAGAGAUAUAGAUACACAUGGAUGGUGGAAAAAGUUGAAGCUAUAGCCUUGGAUUUGGAAGAGCCAAAAAUGGCCUCAUUGAGGGUUGAUGCUUUAUCAGAUAUGAUCAACCUUAGAUUGCUGAUAUUCCGUAACGUGGAAUUUUCUGGAACCCUUAGUAAUCUUUCAAGCAAGUUGCGAUAUGUUUCGUGGCAUCAAUAUCCUUUCACUUCUUUGCCAUCGGGUUUUCAAUCUGACACACUUGUUCAACUGAUUAUGGCUGAAAGCAACAUGACAGAAGUGUGGAAGGGCAGAAUGAUGCUCCCUACUUUGAGAAAACUGAAUCUAAGUGGCUCCAAAGCUUUGACAAAGACGCCAGAUUUUGGUGGGGUUCCAAAUCUUGAGAAGCUAGAGCUCGAAGGAUGUACUGGAUUGUUGCAACUUGAUCCAUCUGUUGCUCAACUUCCAAAGCUCAGAUUCUUGAACUUGAAAGGUUGCAUCAAUCUUGUCAGUAUCCCUAAUUCCAUGUUUUGUCUGAACUCGUUGGAAGUCCUAAAUCUAGCUGGCUGCUCUAAACUUGCAUGUUGCUUGAAGUUUUCUCCAAUGAGGAGUUUGAUACAAGUGAAACUGCUUGGCAUCUGGGAUAGUCCAUUCUUGGAAAAAAUUUUGUACUUUCUUCUGUUGGUUUUGCCAGAACAAAAGAGAUAUCAUGACUUCGUUUCUUCUUGUCUUAUUUACUUGAUGUGUAUUUGUGAGGUCAAAUAUGUAUAAAGCUCCAGUCAUGAGAGUCUGUACGAGUGUAUUUGGUUAGUAUGGGAAUAAUAUAGUGCUACUUAGAUACAUUUCUGGUAUCA